AUGGUAGAGCAACACGUGCAAAUUUCUGUAAAUGGCAGUGGUGAUGUGCCUCUAGGAAUGGAAGGCGCAGUUGACGUCUUGCUGAGAAAUUCACAGGCAAACCCUAUGUCAGAAUUCCACCAUGAAUUUUUGUCGAAUCCCAAAACAUUCAUACGAUUAUUAGAGCUUGACAAUGUCGAAGUAGAAGACACGACGACCGAAUUGCGUUGUAACAUUAGCACGUGGCAUGUUGGCCAUACACCUUCAUAUCAUGCCAUAUCCUAUGUUUGGGGUAGUACAGAGUUUAGCAAAACUAUAAAUGUUAACGGGAGAGGCCUAAAAAUAAAUAACAAUGCGGAUUACGCGUUGCGACAAGCAAAAUGGUUUGGCGUCCGAUAUGUUUGGAUGGAUUCGAUAUGUAUCGACCAACACAACAUCGAAGAAAAAGCUGAUCAGGUGAAGAUGAUGGGACAGAUAUAUCGAAACGCUUUAUGUGUCUUGGCUUGUGUAGGGUUGCAUGAUGAUGACAGCGAGCUUGUGAUGAGAUUUUUCUGCAAAGUCAAGAUCUUCAAGCCAGGACAUGGACCAUAUCGAUGGAGGCUCUAG